CCCGAGGGUUCGCCCUGUUGACCCCGUGAGCGUUUUGGCAUCUCUGGAUGCCCAGACUUCCCGGCUGAAUGUGGGAUGGACGUGUCUGAAGUUGUUCCUCAAAAGCGUCUCCUGCUCGGCGUCCUUCUCCGUGGAGAACAUCCGGGAGGAGGCUCACCCAGAUCUUCAGCCCAGGAAGCAUGGAUGCUCACCAGGAGAGCAGCAACAGCCACAAUCAUCAUAGGAGAGCCUGGUCCUGGUCCUGAUCCAAACAGGUUGCACUGCUACGACGCCGAGCUAACAACAUAGCAAACGCCAUCCAAGUCUACGCCUCCCCCAGGGAAACGCAACUCACUUUAGGUGAGUGCGCUGGGCUAGUUUCUCCCGCGUGUUGACGUCAGGGUACUGGUUCUGCAGGAAGAGCUCCUCCAGCGCGUCCAGCUGCUCCUCCGUGAAGAUGGUGCGGUGUCGCCUGGUCCUCCUCUGCGCCUCAACAGGACAGGAGGAGGCGUUACCUUCAUGGUGGACGAGGUCUCCACAGCGCGAGCAGAGGCAGCAGCAGCAACACGAACACGUCUGAUGGACACAAGAAGACGUCUCCUCCUUGAGUGCAAAGUCCUGCCUCACCAGCGCGUCCAUGUCGUCCGCCUCCCUCGUCCCACUGGAGAAGCUGGCAGUGGACGAGUGUAAGAGGAAAUGGAAGAACUUGAGAGACCGCUACUUAAAAGAAGUCCGCCUGGAGAUCCGCAACAAGAAGCAAGGGGAGCCGAGCCAAAGCAAAUGGAGGUACAGACAACGCAUGAACUUCAUCGCUCCGUUUACCGGAUCCAACAGUGGAGUGGCGGAUGUGUGCGAUGACGACGACAAUGGCGAGCAUGAAGGUGAAACGACGCCCUCAGAGAAGGCCAGGACGCCACCCGUCGCUAAAAGCGCCGGGGGUCAAGCUGACACCAAGUCUCUGGCGGUGCUCAUCAGGAGUCUCCCCUCUCCUGACACCCGCACGGCCAACAUGCCUCCUCAGACGGGCAAAAGCGGGAGAAAACGGCAGCCGGUACAGAACCUUCCCUUAAGCGUGGCGUCGCCGCCAAAAUGGGCGGCGAAAGAAAGCGGCCUGUCGCUUCCCAGCAGGCCUCAGGACGAGGACGAACUGUUCCUGUUGAGCUUCGUCCCUGCCCUCAAGAGACUGGCUCCUCAGAGGAGAUGCGAGACCAAGAUGAAGAUCCAGCAGAUCAUGUACGAGGCGGAGUUCAACAUGGAACAGGUGGAGCGGCGAGAGAAGAAGCAUCUCGGCUGAGGCUCUUUGGAAUCGUCCAUCCCAUCCAUUUUCUGCCGCUUAUCCCUUUUGGGGUGCUGGAGCCUAUCUCAGCUGCAAGUCCUGAUGUUGGAAUUUUAACACCUUAUUUUUAAUAAUCCCUACUGGGCUUUGUAGCUUUAUUGCUAAUGAGCUGCAACUUUUGUGCACUUUGUCUACUCACACAUUGUAACUCUGCACUUGUCCGACAUAUUGCAUUUGCAAUAUUUGCCUUAUACUCUGGUUAAUUUUUAAAGCACAUACAUAGUCGUGCUUUAAGCCCGGGCGCAUCGUUUGCACAAUAAAGAACAUUCUUUAGAAACACAUUGGACUUUGAAACAAACCGUCAAAUAUGGCAGAUUAAAGCAUUGUUGGAAAACAAAACUGACAAGAGUUAAUAUUUUUAAAUGACUAAAAUUAAAAGGGAUUAUAUUUAUAAAAAAAAUAUUAAUUUGAGUUUAAGCGUCAUAGCUCAAAUAGGAUGCAAUGCAACUUUAUCAGCUUUUAUAAAUGAAAAUGUCAUUAUGGGCAACUGAUCCUUGUUUAAAUGUCAUUAAAAAACUCAAUGCAUGCAUCUUUAAUGAUUAUAAAUCAAAGGCUUCUUUCUUUACUGAUAACAGAUACGUGGCUUAUGGCUCAUCUAAAAGACUAAAAUGAUAAUUGAACCAUUUCAAAAUGGGCCUGCCGUAUUUUUCGGACUAUAAGUCGCAGUUUUUUUUCCAUAGUUUGGCCGGGGGUGUGACUUAUACUCAGGAGCGACUUAUGUGUGAAAUGAUUAACACAUUACCGUAAAACAUCAAAUAUUAUUUAUCUCAUUCACGUAAGAGACUAGACCAGGGGUCGGCAACCUUUACCACUCAAAGAGCCAUUUUGACCCGUUUCCACAAAUUAAAGAAAACAAUG